GCGGCUUCAUUCAGCAUCCACCAGCGCAGCGGUACACUCAGCUCCCAGCAGACAAUCCAGAGUUUAUCCAGACUUUAAGAAGAAGAGAAAAAUGCCUUUGAGAGGACCUUUAUUCCGUCUUCUCAGGACUCAGAUGAGCCACACCUGCCAGCAGAGCAGAGCUCAGUCUGUCGCUGUUUUAGGGGCUCCAUUUUCAAGAGGACAGGUGAGAAUUACGCGCUUUAUUUUAUCUUCAAAAAAGCAUCAUUAUUAGUAUUCAAAUAACGCGGUUCUGUGUGUUUUCCUGACAGAAAAGAAGAGGCGUGGAGCACGGUCCGAAAGCCAUCAGAGAUGCGGGACUGGUGGAGAGGCUCUCCGGUUUAGGUAGGUGCUGCUGCGGGGUUAUGUAACAGCGGAUGGUUGUCACCUGCAGGUUCUACUGGGCUCCUUUUAGACAGAUAUAGCCUAUAGUUCCCAUCACAGUGUUUGAGCCAGCCUGUUACAUCACCCAGACCGUAAAUACUAACAUCCAUGGAGCUCUGGAGAGGCUGAUCCAGCACGCAGGCUUCGGGAACAAAGUGGUCCCAGUUUAGAAGAGUCUGAGCAGGACUCUUUGUCUGACAGUUUUAUUGGAUUACGGCAGAAAAUUACCAGAUUUAGAGAUUUAAUCUGAACUAAGUGAGUCUAUGUACAUUUUUGAUCCAUCAAAAACAUCCAUAGUCAUCUAAAAUGAUGUUACAUGAAUCUUCAUGCUCUUUAAGUGAUGCCAUGUAAGGGUAGAGACGCUUUAGAGGACACACUGUAACUCCGCACCGUCAUGCUGUAAUGUGAUUUUCUGUCUUUGUGUAAUUCGUGCACAUGUCCGCCCGCUUUAGUCAUUCUCGGCACAUGCUCGGAAGCCUACAGGAAACGGAGGGUGAAUUAUUUCCACUCUGUCGUCACUGCAGACAAACCCAGUCACCCCCUACUGUCUGUCUUCACCCACUCCUUUGUAUUAAUCUCUCUCCUGUGCGCCUGAAAGGAAACACCUCAGGGGAGAAAGAAUCUCCUUUCUUAGGUUAUAAUGUGUUAGAAAGUCUCAGUCUGCAUGACAAAGGAGGUACAGUACAGAGGGAGGUGAUGCAAUAGAGGAGGAAAUUACAGGAGGAGUAAGAGCCGGGAUGAAGUAAAGACAGCCUGACUGUACCGAGUCUAAAAGAGGUCACUGAAAAGUCAGAUAGGGGAGAGUGGGAUAAGUUGAGCCGCUCCCUGUUGCUUGGAAAUCAAUUCAUGGAGUCUGUGAAGGUUAGAAGCACAUAAGUGAAGGGGUUAGACAUUUAUUUACUCUUAAAAGUGAAUUUAGUCUGUCAUAAGUUUGAUUAGAAAUGUGUUCAGACCCAAAAAGAUCAUUUUAAAAUGUGGUAGCUCAGAGGACGAAUAAAGUCAUAGUAGUUCAGGGGUAAGUGAGACAGUAAAGGAGUCUGAUGAGAGGAUCAGAGUUUACAUUCAGAUUGUUGAAAUGUUUGACUUUUUCUUUUUAAAAAUACGACUGUGAAUGUUUGGAAUCACUUAAAGACAUUCUCAUAUUAAAACAGCUUUUUAGCAGUUAUAUGUAAUAAUAAUAAAAAUAACUAUUGUACCAGUUGAAUAGCAUAUAAUAGAUAAAAAUAUACAUGUCAACUUAGGAGACCACUUUUUUUGUCAUGCUAUAUGAUCAAGACAGUUCUGUUUACACUCAUUCUGUUGGUUUGCAGGGAUACUUAGAGACUAGUUAGAGACAAAACUAUGAUUGCUAUAAUGUAGUGAUCCAUGAAUUAAGAUUAAUACGACACCGCAGAUACAAAAUAGCAGACUUUUAGAUCCAUCCUAAAACUUACAGAGCUAUAAAAGCACAGAGCUGACGGGAAGUGUCUCCAAACUCAACAAAUGAAGAUGCAGCAGUUCUUAAAACUGCACCUCCCAGAGCGUCGACUUUGAGCUGACUGCAGAAGCACCAGAAACCACAAACACGCUCAUUAAAAAAAAGAAGCGUACGUUCACAGCCUGGUUUGAAAACAGGUCAGAGAUCCCACAGCACCCACUGUACAGGGAGUGGAUAUUUUAGUGUCAAAUCAGAGAAAUACUGCAGCUUUAGAUGGUUAAACGUUUCAUCUUUUCACAUAAUUGAUGUUAAAAAUGAAAAUGUAGGGCUGUUUUUUUAAUAACUCCAGUUUCAGGCUUUAAAUAAUCCAGGAUAAAUGUAAUAGCCGAUGGUCUUGUUUGCUUUUGUAUAUCAUAAAAAGGCUUCAGUAAAAAUUUCCAUCUGUUUGCAUCUUAUUUCCUUUUAAAAAUCAUACCAGUGUAAAUAUUUGCCAAUCUAUUCUACUGUCCUGGCAGCUAUAAAAAUAUAACCUGUAUUAUCCUGUUGCCAAUGGAAACCAGUCUGACUGCAGUUAGUGUGUCAGAGCUGGGAGAUUCAACAAUGUACCAGCUGUAAGAAUACAGGCCGCACCUUUCCCACCAUAUCAGAUGUUGAUAAGACGAUAGACGGGACAGCUCUGGAUCACCUGGCAUAAGAGACAAAAUACCUGGGUGUGUUUAGAAACAGGUACAGCAGCAGCAGCCUAAGGGAACAGCUACACACCUUUAUAAUCCCUGUGUGAACGCCGGUAUAAACCUGCCAUUCUCUCUUAUAGUUAUAAAUGUAUAAGGACCAUUGAGAGCCGAGCAGCCAGUCCAUCAUGACUCUAUAUUCCUGCACUGUAAUGAUGUAGUCGGUGUGUGUUAUGUAUGCUGUAGACAGAGUAUUUAUAGCAGCCUUACCAUGCAAACUUACAGCAACCUACUUUUACAGCUGAAGUCAAAAAGACAGAUGUAGCUUCAGGUAUCAGUCUGACUGACCUCCUUAUUGGUUAUUUAACAUUUAUAACUGUGUCAUCUUUUUAGUUAUAUAACUCAGCCGUAUAGACGGUCAACUUAAAGGCGGAUUAUGUUUUUUUAUUAUUUCUAUCUAUAUCCUUUACGUCAAAAAACUCCUCACAGGAGCUUUAAAUAAAAGUGUAUAAAUAAAUAAUAAUAAUAAUACAUUUUAUUUAUAGCGCGCUUUUACAGGUGCUCAAUGAUGCUUUACAAAAAAUUAAAUACAGAAAAUUUGGAGUAAUUAGACCAACUAUGUAAAAGGUUAAAAAAGACACAAUAUGAAAAGACAGUAAAACAACAGUCACAGGUUAAAAGCCAAUUUAAAAAGGUAAAUAAAGUUGCAGUCGGGGUUUUACUUCAUGGAUAUUUGGGUUCAAGUUCCUGGAAAGCAUAUAAAGGGUCAUAAAUAUAUGGCUAGGUAAAAAAAAUAAAGUUUAUAUGAUGUUGUUUAUGUUUUCUUUACAUAGGUAUGAUUUACUUGUUUUAUUAUGUAUCUUUAAAGCUCCUAUAAGGAACUUUUUGCUCGUGUUGGUUUCGGCCUCGCCUUUGGCCUGAGAAAAAGCUCAUCCUGUUACAGACGCAGAAAUAGAAAUGGUCAGAUUAGCUCUGAAAAAGGCGUCAUAUUCGAUUUAGUUUGUUUCAUAACCAGCCUAAGAGUCCUAACAGGAGCUUUAAAUAACACAUAAACACAUAUAAAGAACAUGUUUUAACCAGUGAAGGCCAAAUAUCAUGAAUGCUUUUCGCCUUACCGACAAAGUUAUAAUCUUUGAUAAAAGAUGAGUCAUGAACUGAAACGGUUUCAGUUGCUUUUUGUCCAGUAAAUUUGAAGGUCUAAAGUCUGAGGCUGGAGGAUGGACAUGAGCUGGCAGACUUAGAGGAAAUAGUUGGCAGGGCUCUGUUUUCCUGGCGGCUCAAUACGGCAGUGAAAAAGAUACAUCUGCCAUGUCACCAGCUCAACCCGAAACUGAAACCUUACUAUAAGAAAUACCGAGCCUUGGAACAACAUGUCUCCAUAAAAAAGACAGGAUGAUAAACCCAAACAGUUGGAGGAUGAUUUGGGAUAUUUCCACAGAAAACAGAGCACACUUGUAGCAGCUGUGAUGAGAACUUUCACAGCAAACAGGAGCAGAUCUUACAGCCUGUUUCUGGCUGGACUGUUUCUUUUAAUUAUCCUGCAAUAGGUGUGAAAGCUUGCAUCAAGACAAGAGCUAUUCCUGUCCUGUCUACGAAAGGUAAUGGACUAAGCCGGUUCCCUUAGAUCAGCAGGGUAACACUACACUGCCAUCGGGAGUUGUGCUGACAGACAGACCCCCAAUAUGGAGGGUCUCCUCACUUGUUUACUUCUUACAGCAGGUCCUCCCCUAAGGGAACAUUUUUCAGUCUUUACUUCUGCAGCCUUUCCAGCUCAGAGUGGACGGCAGCCUCUGAAACCCGAGCCGAUGUGGGAAAGGGGACAAGUGGAAAGCGCCCCGUCACUAAUGUUCCACUGGCAUUAGAUGACUCAGUCUCCUCAGACCGCGAGCUAGACAUGUUUAGUCAUGCUGUCGGGGCUGUAGAUGGUGAACUAUUUUCAAUUAUGUAACCUCAAUAAGGUACUCUGUCAGUAUUUUGACCUCUGGCUGGUACAAAAUAUUUCUGAUAGGAAUAGAUCGGCUAAAUUAGGAUCACUGCAGGGUGCCUAACGUUAUCAACAACAACUUUAUAACUGCAUAAGUGAUGCCAACUCAUGGUUCUAUCAUAACCCUGUGUUUGAAAGUUUCUUUUCUUUUACUGGCCUGCAAACUUCAGACUGCAAACUAUAAUAUGUAAGAAAAUGCAAGGGAAGGGCUGAUAACACACUACAAACACCGCUGAAUCAUGAUAUUUUGUCUGGUGAUAUAUCGUAUCUUAUCAUAUGUGUGUACUUUCCCCAUCAGUAAAUGCAAUUUCAUUGUGCACAGUUGCAAUGACAAUAAAAGAUAUAUUGUAUCGUGGCCCAGGUAUCCUGAUAAUAUGGUAUUGUGAUAAUAUGGAACCACAGCCCAAGUAUUGUGAUAAUAUUGUAUCAUUAUAAUAUCGCAUCAUGGCCCAAGUAUCGUGAUAAUAUCGUAUCGUGAUAAUAUCGUAUCAUGAUAAUAUCGUAUCGUGAUAAUAUCGUAUCGUGGCCCAAGUAUUGUAAAAUAUUGUAUCGUGGGGACACUGGUGAGUCCCACCUCUAGCUGAAGAGUAUAAAUAUGAGGGAAAUAAUUCAGAAGCUGCAGUUGUAAAAGUCAGAGUCACAGUUAAAGAUGUAGUAGUAUCAGCACAAGAAGUUAAAGUGGUUGUCUGAAUCGCAGAAUGAAUUCAUAACAGCGUUUUCUCAGCCUUUUAUAGUUGUGAUCGCUGAAGUAUUGGCAUAACAGCUUCUGAAGUUAAUCACCUGUAUCAUCAGAUAAGGCUAACAGCAGUUUUAACAGUAGUUCCUCUUUGUUUCUUUCCUCCUCAGACUACUCUGUCCAUGACUUUGGAGACCUCUCCUUCCACUUCCCCGAGAAGGACGAGCCCUACAUGAACGUUCAGCGUCCUCGCACCGUGGGUGCAGCCAACAAGAAGCUGUGCGGCGCAGUGAGCAGAGUUGUCGGUGCAGGACACACCCUUGUUAUGCUCGGAGGUGAUCACAGGUAAGGUACACAAUGCAGGAUGUGCUGUACGUUAAAACCUGCAAUUAAAGGUGUGGCAGAGCUUGUACAUCAGGUACCUUUUAACUCUUGAUAAAUCCAUACCUGUGCUCCAGACUCAGUGUCUCCUCCUCCUCCUUCUCCUCCUCUCACAGCAUGGCGAUCGGCUCAGUGGGAGGCCACGCCCAGCAGUGUCCUGAUCUCUGUCUCAUCUGGGUCGAUGCCCACGCAGACAUAAACACGCCCAUGACUUCUCCAUCAGGAAACCUCCACGGCCAGCCUGUGGCGUUUAUGCUCAAAGAGCUGCAAGAUAAGGUGAGCAGAGAUAAAGACGAGAUAAAAACAGGAUGUUUUGAGACGUACUUUAGGAUAACUCAAAGAUAAGGUCGAGGUGAAGGUGCAGUGUGGUGCAUUCGCUCAGUUUCAGCACAUUUAGAUUCUGACACUGAAAAAUCUCCCUCUGUCUCCCUUAGAUGCCAGACAUCCCCGGGUUCUCCUGGACGAAGCCCUUCCUCUCCUCGAGGGACCUGGUCUACAUCGGACUGAGAGAUGUUGACCCCGGAGAGCAGUGAGUACAAACAUCGAUUAAACUUUUACCGAUGGGACUGAUCUGAUAGAACUUGUUUUUGGAGAAGUUUUCUGAUGUUUUACUUUCAUUUCAGCCAAAUCCUGAAGAAUCUGGGAAUCCAGUACUUCACCAUGAGAGACAUCGACAGACUAGGGAUCCAGAGAGUCAUGGAGGUCACACUGGACCAACUUCUGUCGAGGUACGAUCGAGUUAUUUUGAAGUUCAGUUUCAAGUAAAGUCACUUCAGAUUUAGAAUAGAAUGAGAACUCACCUUUCUGACCUUCUAUUACAGGAAACAGCGACCGAUCCACUUGAGCUACGACAUCGAUGCCUUCGACCCGUCUCUGGCUCCAGCUACAGGAACGCCGGUGAACGGAGGUUUGACCUACAGAGAGGGGAUCUACAUCACAGAGGAAAUCCACAACACAGGUACAGAAGACCACACACAUUCAUCACACGAUCAUCCAAUCAUCCAGGUGUCCAUAUCUCACCCGUCUCUGUGCCGGUUCGCAGGUUUGCUCUCCGUCAUCGACCUGGUGGAAGUGAACCCCACAUUGGGGGCGAACCCUGAAGCCGUGGAGUCCACCGCCUCUCUAGCAGUGGACGUCAUCGCGUCCUCUCUGGGACAGACGAGAGAAGGAGCUCACGGGUCCAUCGAUGAGAUCCCCGCUGCGAAGGACGAGACAGAGAAGCUCCGCCUCUAAGAGCGGGAAGAAACUCUCUGAACUCUAUCAUCCCUGGGCAUUCCUCUGUUUGAAUGACAAAGACUGAAUGGAAACGUAGCUGAAGUUUUGAAGGUUUUGUUCAUCUUUCUGCUGUUUUAAUGAAAAAAAAAAUAUUGGAACUCAUCAAAGUUUGAAACGUGUCCCUCAUCCUCAUGAGAACCACUAAUUAAGAAAGCUACUCACUCUGCUGCUGUAUGUUUCCUGUGUUCGCUGGCACGGCCCUCACGUAUUUAUUUCGUGUUUGUUUGAGAAGAGUAUGAACCUGCCUCAGAGGUAUGACCUGGUCUUGGAGGUCCGCAGUUUUACGUGGACCCCCGGACUGUUUCGUGGCUGCGCCAGUUAUUAAAAAGAAGUAAUGAUGUGUUUGCACUUUUGGACCAGCUGUAGUUACUGUACUGUCUUUAGACUUUUGUAUUUUAAACCUCUCAGUUAAUGUUUUAGAGUUUAUGUAUGUAGAAAAAUAUUCACUAACAUCACUGUUUGAAUUGGCUUGAAAACUGUUGAAAUCCAGCUUUGGUGUCAAACGCUGGAAAUUACAAAGUAUAAAGUAUUAAAAUAUGAACUAAUUGAAGUUUAAUUUGAUCCGAAAGUUUGGUCUGUUUGACUUGAUGUGACCACUGAAGACUUUUGUCCUCCUAACUAAAGAGUUUAUAUUUUGGUCUUCCAUAAAUGUGAUUGCAUUUUUCACAGCUGUGUG